AUUUGACAACGUCACUGAUUAAGACAACAUUAUUGAACAUAUGGAUUUUGGAAUACAAUUCUAAAUAUUUCAAUUCAAGGGUUACUGAGGCUAUAGGGCGUUAAAUAUGACUGCUUAAAGAUGGGUGGAGACAUGAUGCGGACAUCUGGAGGUUUUCAAAGGAUAGACUGACUUCUAAUACAUGACAUACUAAUCAAAAGUAAAGAUGACUGAAAGAAAAAUACCACAUGUUAAGGACAUUUUUGGUGGUGGAAAGGCUGGAAAGUUCAAGUACAGUGACUAUGAUGGCAAAGCUAAACAAAAAGAAGAUGUUGAAACAACAGAAGUUGUAGAUGCUAAACUUCAAAUUCUAUCACACCCAGAUUUUGAUGUUACCCAGAAAAACCCAGAAUAUAAGAAGAAGUCCUUUGCCCAGUUAGCAGACCGUAAACUGCUAGGAGCUCAUGGUAAAGGUCCAGCCCCCCAGGCUCCAUCGCAAUAUGGGAACUAUGAAAAACAACAUGAUGAUACUGGUAUAGAUGGCACAGGGGUAGAAGGCAUUCUCCCUGGAAUACAAAGGAUGCCUCCUACAGACUUUAACCACAAUGAUAGGGAUGGUGAUUCAGACUAUGAUGAAGGGUUCCCAAAUGUGAGUGGAAAUGGUUUUCCAGAUAUGAAUGGAUUUCUCAGCAGUAUGUCAAGCAGUUCAAAAUAUAACCCAAUUUUUGAGGAUAAACAAACACGUGAAUCAGAGCACAAUAGAGUGAACCGGAAUGUCCCUGCUUUUAUGUCCAUAUUUACUGAACCAGAAAUUGACAAUGAUGGUGAAAAUGUGACGUCAAAUGAGGAUCUAUAUAAAGAGGAUGCCUAUGAAUUAUCUGAAAGGGACAAAGAGAAUUUAACAGGAGGACCUGUAACAAGUGACGAUACAACACCAGUACCUCCUCCGAGAAAAAACAAAAUGGUGCGAAAUAAAGCACCAGACAAGGAAGGAUAUGAAAUUGAAGAAGAAGUGAUGGAAUUUUCAAGUGAGAGCGAUGAUGAGAAUAAAGCAGGUGGCACAAAUAUCUAUCAACAAUAUGAUGGAGAUGAUUUUGGACAGUAUAUUGAUAGUGAUGUUGAGGAGGACUCUGGGAUAGGUGAUGAUGGCACAACAAGGAGACGUACCAUCACGCAACCUCAUAUGAAGCAGCAAAGACCCGCUAAACCCGUACCACUGCCUCCUAGGCAGUCAAGCAGAGGGGGCAUCGCAUUGAAAAAGAAGCUGGAUAAAUCACUCUCUGGGGCUCAUAAGCCUAAACGAUAUGGAAGUUCACUGCAUAAUUACAGCUAUGCAGACACUAAAAUAGGCACCGAAGAUGUCUAUGGUAAAAAGAUGUCUCUAAUGAAAAACAAAGGUCGUCCUGAGGAUGAUCGUGAAAAUACAAAACUUUGGUGGAGUUAUGACAUGCUUUCUGCUCAGACAAGUGACAAUAACGUUGAAGUUUUGUAUAAAUCACAACGAAAAAACAAUGCUGGUGAACUAUUAGCAGAGAUUGCUGGAAACAACAAAAAGAGUAACAGAGAAAUGAUAGUGCCAUCUACAAGCUAUAAUGAUAACUUUGAGUCGUUGAGGAAGGAGAUUCAAUAUGAUGCUCCUCUAAUUCCUAAGAAAGAGAGUCCUCUAAAGAAACUGACAGGAUCUAUCAGGGCUAGAACCAGCCAGGAGGUGAAUAUUUAUGCUAAUGCUGCAGCUAAUCCUAUCUACCAUGACAUUCACGACAAAACAGGUUCUCAUUUUUAAAAAGCACUAGCAAUCUCAAAAAACAUAUCAGCUUCUACUUAGACUUUUCUUGUGAAAUUCACAGUGGCUUCGAAAAUGAUGAAUGAGAUUGCGACUGCCAUGACCAAACAUGAAAUGAAUAUACAAACUGUACCCCACAACUAUUUUCUGGGGCAGACUUCUCAAGCACUAUUUUUUCUGUAUUUUAUUAAGGAUAACCUCAGAUUUUUCAUUGAUAUGUCUUUUCCCAUCUAAAAAUAAUUUCCCCUGUCUCAAGUGACUGAAUCAACAGACACAUGUAAUAUUCCACCUCCGAACGCUCAGUCUUCACUGCGUUCACACAAAAACUGAGUGAAGGAAGAUGGUAGUAUUCACAAAUCAAUGAAAAUCAUAUCUGAACAGCUUAUUUUGGCUAAUGAUAACAUCUGAUAUGCAUUACCACAACCAUGGGACAAAAACAAGUGAAGCACAUUACAAAGACAUACAUGUAGAUUUCAAUAAGAAGUCCCACCAGAUCCUAAAUGCCCCUCCCCCAUCUUAUAUGUUUAUGAGAGGACAGGGGUGGUAUGAGGGGG